AUGGGCCGUAAGUCCAAGGUCAAACACAACAGUGGACCAGCAAACAACAAGGGACCACCUUCCCAACCCAAGAGACCCUCACCACAGCAAGAGGCCAAAUCGAUAGAUACCAAGGACCACAACUCAAACAAAUGCCCACCGGUCUCUCCUAGAAAUGCCCAGGAAGAAGAUUAUGGAGAGUGGUGCCAUCAUAUGCUUGACUCCAACACUUCCGAAGUUCUUGCCAUCCUCAACAAGCCCAGAAGAUGCAUAGAUUGCCCAAAAACAUCAACAUUUACGUGUAUACACAAGGGUUGUGUUAAAGAAGCCAAAGCGAAUUGUUGCGAUAAUUUGAAACAUAUCUUUCCACAUAUCAUUACUCACAAUCAUCCAGCCAUGCUGCAUCAUGCGUUUGAAGUUGUUCUAUGCACACGCUGUGACACUCGAACAUCUCUGGAACAUUUCUUGAAGCAUCAUGCCAAGAGGCUAGCAGCCGGCAAAAUGCCACAGAAAAGUCUACCAAAAAAGAAGAGCGAGGUUCUUCAAAAAGGUCUUCUGGGAUAUAUCAACUUUGGAAACACUUGCUACAUCAAUUCAGUCCUACAGCUACUUGCUCACUGUCCACCAUUUGUACAUUACCUCAUUAGCAUGGAACCACCGGGUGGAUGGCGAGUAUGUCCUCCUGAUGUGCCAAAGACAGUCAUUCAAUUUGCAAUAGAUUUGAGAAAGAUGUAUUCACCGAUUAAUGCUCAUAACUUUUCUAGUCCAUGGAAAAUUAUUCAAUGUGUACGCAAUGAACUCCCUGGAUUUGAGACUUUCCAACAACAAGAUGCCAGUGAAUUCCUUCGAAAUCUUUUAGAUAUCCUCGAUCGAGACCUGAAGGCUUGUGCGGAAUAUUACGAUUGUAAUGACUGUAUUGCCUUUGGUAAUCCAAUGGAUGACUAUGAGAUUGCUUUGCAAAAUCGGACGACAAGAACCGUGAUAACUGCGUGUUUCCAAGGAGUGCUGGAAAAUCAAAUUCGUUGUCACUCAUGUGGCUUUCGAUCAGUGACUACAGAGAAUUUUUUGGAUCUCUCCAUCCCAAUUCUCAGUGAAGACGAGUUUGACGACAUCUACAUAAUACCGAAAAAAUCUCCAAAACACCAACGGCCUGUCAUUGAUGACUUGAACGAUGGGCAGGACCCGGGAUACGUCGUCAACGAAGAAGCAGCUCAUAAAAUCAGCCUAGAUGGAUGCCUGGGCAUGUUCUUUCAGAAUUCAAUUCUCAGCGGGGACAACAAGUAUUCAUGUAGCAACUGUAAAACAUUUGUCGACGCCACAAAAACCACUAGAGCCAGACAAUUACCCAAUGUGAUUCUGAUCCAACUGAAGCGGUUCCGUCAUACUGGUUAUGGCUCUUGUAAGAUUGGGAAAACCGUCGAGUUUCCAAUCAGAUGUCAAGACUUCGGUCCAUGGACAACUAGCAAAAAGUCGGCAAUAUACGAUUUGAUAGGAUUUGUAGUGCACGAUGGUCGGAAUAUGGAAUUCGGACACUAUGUGGCAUUUUGUAAACAUGAGUUUGAUAAUCAAUGGUGCGUUGUAUUGUUUGUGACAAGGAUUGAUGCGUCUGAAGCUGCCAAGAACCAGCCCUAUAUUCUAAUGUAUCGAAAAAGAAUGUCAGACGAGGAGAAGCUCAUGGAACCUGGAGAAUCUCCAUUCAAUUUUUUCCAAUCCGCUCGGCUCUUCAACGACAAGAACUCGGAAGCGUGGGAACUGAUAUCAAAAAGUCUCAAUGAAAACUACAAAAUCCCGGAAAAGGUGGGAGGUCAUCAGGAUGAAAAGGAAAUUUUGAAAGACAAAAAGCCAAGAAAACAACAAAAGAAGCGAAUUUUCACAAAAGAGCAAACCGCUGAAAUUCUGGCCAAGACUGAUGUGGAACCUGAAGACUUGAUGCAACAUAUCGAGGAUUUGGAGCAGAUUUUGAGAGAUUUAACGUUAUUGAGAGAUUUCUCGAUUAAGCAAAAAUUAGAGAAGAGGGAAACAUCACAAAGCGAAAGUUUGAAAUCUCAAAAAGGAAAAUCCAAGUCGAAAAAAUCGGGCAAGAAGAAACGCAGUUUCAAACCUGUUGGCACUGACGAGCCAAAUGUCAUAAUUGAAGUAUUGCCAUUACCCGAGGAAGAAAUCAAUGGAUAUGAGAUUCAAGAUCAGUCGGAUUUGAAGGUUAACGUGUCAAAUUCCAAUGCUACAAACUCUUUGCAACCGACCGACACUGCAAUAACGCAUUCAACUAAGAAGGAAGCCGAGUCCAAGCUUGAUGAUGUGAUCAUUGUGAAGAAGAAGGCUGAAAAUGAACCAGAUGCUCGUGUACCAGCUGAUUCAACAGGAGAGGUGAAGUCUGAGCCAAUUUCUAACAACAACAAGACAGAAAAGGCAAAGUCCGCCAAAUCAGGAACCACAUCAAACGCUUCUAAGACCCCCAAACUCUCAAUGAUAGCAACAUCUGAUGAAAGUGUACCUUCCAUGAGCCAAUUCCAGAAGCCACAGACAAGAAAACCUCGACCACAAACAUCCCGGCAAAUAAUCGAAAAUCAAGAUCAGCGAGAACUAAAAGAAGAGAUCAAUGCUGUGGUGGAAUCCAUAGAAAAAUGGUUCGAAGUUCUAAUGGAGAAGGAAUGGUUAAAACAUCAAGCGAUCGCUUCUCCAGAACCGUCUCCAGCUAAAAGUAUUCCUAAAAAUGAUAAGAACUAA